UUAUUAUCUCUCACCUGUCCUCUGUUCAAUUCUACUUGCCUUCUCUGUAAAGUCGCGAUCCAUAUUCUGCAAAUGCAGUGUUAGAGAGAGAAGAAGAACAAUUUCUAUUACUCUCACUCUUCACUCUAAACCCUUCUUCUCUACCUCUGUUUCGAAUUCCUUUAACCAUUUUGGCCCUUUUUGGUGUUUGGCUCGAUUCGGGUACUCAUGGUUGCGAGAUAGAUAGCUAAAAUGUGUGGGAAAAGCAAGGCGAAUCAUCAUCACUCUUCAAGAACUCUCGUAUCCCGGAAAUGGACACUCUUCCUUUGCUUGGCUAGCUUUUGCUCUGGAAUGCUCUUCACCAACAGGAUGUGGACUAUUCCUGAACACAAAGACAUGGCUCGAUCGAGGUCCAUAGAAGCCCAAGAAUUGAAGUUAGUAUCAAGGGGCUGUGAUCUAAAAACAAAUGAACUCAAUUUUUCAUCAAAAGACAUCUUUGGCAAGGUUUUUAACACACACAACGCCAUACACACAUUAGAUAAAUCGAUAUCCAAUUUAGAGAUGGAGUUAGCAGCAACCAAGGCAGUUCAAGAAUCAAUCCAAAGCAGCUCACCUUUAUCACAAGAUUCAAAGCAAACUGAUACAACUGGGAGAAGAAAGUAUUUAAUGGUUAUAGGAAUCAAUACUGCAUUUAGCAGCAGAAAAAGAAGAGAUUCUGUUCGUGCUACCUGGAUGCCUCAAGGUGAAAAAAGGAAGAAGUUGGAGGAAGAAAAGGGUAUCAUUAUUCGCUUUGCCAUUGGCCAUAGUGCUACACCAGGAGGCAUUCUUGACAGAGCUAUUGAAGCAGAAGAUAAAAAGCAUGGAGAUUUCCUUAGGCUGGAUCAUGUUGAAGGCUACCUUGAAUUAUCCGCCAAAACCAAGAUAUACUUCGUCACAGCCUUUUCUCUAUGGGAUGCAGACUUCUACGUCAAAGUUGAUGAUGAUGUUCAUGUAAACAUCGGAACGCUUGGCGAGACACUAGCCAGACAUCGAUCCAAGCCACGAGUAUACAUCGGAUGCAUGAAAUCUGGCCCCGUCCUUUCGCAAAGAGGAGUGAGGUACCAUGAGCCGGAACAUUGGAAGUUUGGAGAAGGUGGAAACAAGUAUUUCCGACAUGCGACAGGACAACUAUAUGCAAUAUCGAAUGAUUUGGGUGCUUACAUUUCAAUGAACCAGCAUGUUUUACACAAGUAUGCUAACGAGGACGUCUCAUUGGGUUCAUGGGUUAUCGGUCUCAAUGUCGAACAUAUUGAUGAUCGGAGACUCUGCUGUGGCACUCCACCUGAUUGCGAGUGGAAGGCUCAGGCGGGGAACAUUUGCGUUGCUUCGUUCGAUUGGAGUUGCAGCGGCAUUUGCAGAUCUGCCGAUAGGAUUAAGGAAGUCCAUCGACGGUGCGGAGAAGGUGCUGGAAAAAGAUUUAACUCCUGCAAACCACAAAAUCUGUUCCUUUUUGAAGAGAUACACAAAGAUUGAAAAAAACUUAUAAAGAGAAAACAGAGGAAGUGGUUAAGAAGGCUUGAGGGAAGAUCCAGAAAUAAAGAAAAA